AUGAAGCGAGACACAUUCAUUUGUCCCUCAUUGGCCUGCCCUCCAAAGCGGCCUGAAAGAAGGAUCCCCGCAGAGUGUUUCGACGCCCCUUCGACCAGAGCCGUUACUGACGAAGACGGAACGGUCUCCGUUCAGUUCGUUCCGGAGUCUGGGCGCUGCUCGUUGGGCGCUUUCCGACCCCUUUCUGCACCACCCCAGUCAAGUGGACUGAGUUCCAGAUGUCCAGUGCCACCAGAGGAUCUUUGUAAGGUCGACAGCAAAGGGGUGCAGCGAUUGGAGCCUUGGCAAGAGCAUCAGAAUCGAAUUGCUCAAUUGAAAGCAUCAAUGGGAAAGAGUAAGGCUGUGUUUCCUCCGCCGAAGUAUUGCUCUUCUCAGCCUGGCAAACAUGCUGUUUCCGGGCUUCCAUUUGAGAGUACGGUGAACCGGAAACGGAGGCAGGAAGAGAAGCGGAUAGCGAAAGAGAAUUUGAAGCUCGCGGCAGCUAUGGAGGAUAUCUACAAGAUGGGGCCGCGGUCUUCGCUGCGCAAAAAGUUUGAUAAGACGGGCAUCGCUCGACCGACGGGGAUUGCGUAUGUCGACUGCCGUCCUAUGUGGAAGCAGCGCACGAAGCUCUUUCUGGGCGACAGAGACGUCGAUACGAGCAGUCAAAGACCCCUUCCUGGUCGCCCUAAAUCAAAGACAACGGUAGAGAAGAGCAGCAGCAUGCCACAAAAGAACGGAAAGAUCGGUCCGCUUCAAGAUUUGCCAACUGAUGAUAUUCGGAAUACGGAGGAAACAGGGGAUGCUUCUGGCCCACAGGAAAGCGGUGAUUUCGUCAAAGGGUCGGCUUUCCGCGCCGCGGGGUUUUCUGACAUCCGUGUCAUCAUAUCAGCUUCCGACUCAAGAGGAGCUUCAACAGAUGCGCGCAAAGGCGUUUCUGGCUCGCAAAACAAGGAACGACCGUCAAGCGCGCCUCCUGCGCGCCUUGCAGUUGUCAAAACGGUCCUAACCCAGGGGGCUCAGGAGCAAACCUGCACUUGGGGGGCUAACCUAACCGUCCCUGCAACGAUCCCCAAAACCGUCGGCGUGCGGGCCUGCGCGGGGUGCGGCUUCAAGAGCUUUUCAGGGGCGGACGGGCGGGUGCUCCAAACGUGCGCGAGAUGCCGCGCAGUUUUGUACUGCUCGCUCGCGUGCGCGCUCGUGGACCGGGUCUCGCACCGGGCGGUUUGUGCCCAGGUGACGCAGGGGAGGUGGCAACCGUUCCGCCCGGUGGAGCAGAACUGGGUGGUAAGCGGAAGCAUGGCCCGGGAACGGGCGGCGCUGAAGCGGGCCCUUGCGAAGGAGAGGAAGAGGGCGGAGAGGAAGAAGUCAGGCGGAGGUAAUAGGGAAGUACAGUAG